AUGAGUAUUGGAUAAAAAAUAGCAGAAAUAGAAUAAGAACUUGAGAGAACACAAAAAAACAAAGCAACAUCUUAUCAUAUAGGAUAACUAAAAGCAAAACUAGCAAAAUUCAAAAGAGAAUUAAUAGAAGGAAGCAAAGGAAAAACAGGACCAGCAGGUGAAGGUUUUGAUGUAUCAAAAACAGGAGAUGCACGUGUAGGGAUGAUAGGAUUUCCUUCAGUAGGAAAAUCUACACUUUUAACAAAAUUAACAGGAACAGAAUCUAAAAUAGCAGCAUAUGAAUUUACAACAUUAACAUGUAUACCAGGAAAUAUAUAUUAUAAAGGAUCUAAAAUAUAAUUAUUGGAUCUUCCAGGUAUAAUUGAAGGAGCAAAAGAUGGUAAAGGAAGAGGAAGAUAGGUUAUAGCAUGUGCUCGUACCUGUAAUUUAAUUGUUAUAGUUUUAGAUGCAACUAGGCCUAUGAAGCAUAAAAAAAUAAUUGAACAUGAAUUAGAAGGUUUUGGUAUUAGAUUAAAUAAAUAACCACCUAAUAUUGAAUUUAAGAAAAAAUAAAAAGGAGGUAUAAAUAUUACUCAUACAGUUGAUAAUCCUGAUUUAGAUGAUGAGAUGAUUAAAACAAUUUUAAAAGAAUAUAAAAUUAGUAAUUGUGAUAUUAUUCUAAGAGAAAAAAUAAAUGAAGAUUAAAUUAUUGAUAUUAUUGAAGGUGACAGAAAAUAUAUUCCAUGUCUAUAUGCUAUGAAUAAAAUUGACGAUCUUACCAUGGAAGAAUUAGAUAUAAUUGAUUAAAUUCCUCAUUAUGUACCUAUUUCAGCACAUUUAGAAUGGAAUCUUGAUGAACUUGUUGAUAGAAUGUGGGAAUAUCUUGAUCUUGUUAGAGCUUAUACUAAACCUAAAGGAAAAGAACCAGAUUAUAAUUAACCAGUCAUUCUUUAAAGAAAAAAUAGUCUUGUUGAACAUUUCUGUAUGAGAAUUCAUAGAAAUAUGAUAAAAGAUAUGAAAUAUGCACUUGUUUGGGGAACUUCUGUAAAACACAAUCCUUAAGUAUGUGGAAAAGAUCAUUAAUUAAAUGAUGAAGAUAUUAUAUAAAUUAUUAAAAAAUUAUGA